AUGAGUGUUACAAGUGCAGUGUCGUCUGAUUAUAAUUCAGGCGUAUCCAAUGUCCCCAUAGAACACCAGUUUAAUCCUUACUCUGACAACGGUGGUACAGUUUUGGGAAUUGCCGGAGAAGACUUUGCAAUUUUAGCAGGAGAUACCAGACAUACCACAGGCUAUUCAAUCAAUUCCAGAUAUGAGCCAAAAGUGUUCUCGGUAGGAGACGAAUUACUGAUCACUGCGAAUGGAUUCGCAGCAGAUGGAGACGCAUUGGUCAAGAGAUUCCGCAAUCAGCUAAAAUGGUAUCAUUUUGAUCAUAAAAAGAACUUGACGAUUAAAUCUGCGGCAAGAUUCAUACAACAUUUGCUAUAUGGAAAACGAUUCUUUCCUUACUAUGUGCAUACUAUCAUUGCGGGACUGGACGAAGAAGGUAAAGGAGCAGUCUACUCAUUUGAUCCUGUCGGUUCCUACGAAAGAGAACAAUGUAGAGCGGGUGGGGGUGCUGCGUCUUUGAUAAUGCCUUUCCUAGAUAAUCAAGUGAAUUUCAAGAACCAAAUGGACCCUGACUCGAAUGGAACAGCAAAGAAAGAACUGAAAUACUUAAAAUUGGACGAAGUAAUCAGUCUGGUUAGAGACGCAUUUUCAUCGGCCACUGAGAGACACAUUAACGUCGGUGACGGGCUGGAGAUCCUGAUCGUGACUAAAGAUGGCGUCAGGACUGAAUAUUAUCCUUUGAAGAAGGACUGA